AUGCCACCGACGGCGCCGCCCAAGACGACGCCGCGCCGCCUGAGCUGCUGCUGCGUCGAGUGCGGCUACGUGGUGAGCAGCACGUACCGCGACUACGGCAAGGGCAACAUCCGCCUCACGAUCUGCCCCAACUGCAACCACACGGUCGACAAGUACGUCGAGUUUGAGGCGAUUCUGAUCAUGAUCGACCUCAUGCUCGGCAAGCCGCAGGCGUACCGCCACCUGCUCCACAACCGCCGUCCGCUGCUCUCGUACCAGCAAGUGCUCAAGAUGUUCGCCGUCAUCGUCAUGCUCGACUGGAAUACCAAGGCGUACCUGGCCGAGCGCGACGCUGGCGUCUACUUUCGCACCAACUCGAUCUACAAGACGAUAUCGACGUACUCGGUCUUUCAAAUCUCCCAGCUCGGCUUACACUACUUUAUCCUCGCCGUCGUCGAGAACUUUGUCUACAUGCUCACGCUCUGGCUCGCCGUACGCGUGCACCCGCGCUGGCGCAGCUUUAGCCGCUCCAAAGAGCUCCAGUUCCUCGGAGCACUGUGCCUCUCCAACUUUGGCAAGCUCUUUGCGUGGCUCACAGUCAUCUGGGAAUACAACUGGACAGUUGUGCACGUCAUUGGCGCGAUCGUCGUCUGCUCCAACUACCUCGUGCUCAAGAUCUACGUCAACGACGGCACGUACGACACGCUUGGCGUCAUCGCCGUCGCGGUCGCCGUCCGAGCGCUCACGCAGCUGUUGCUCUUCGCCCUCGGCAACCCCAUGAUCUUCUUUACGCUCAUAUAA